ACAGGGGAGAUAACACAGAGAGGGAAGUUUACAGUAGGAUUGUUACAGAAUGGUUGUGGUGUUGUGGAUCCUCCUAUGGGGGCCACAGAGUAAAUCAGCUUGAUCUAAGCCACGCCCCCAUGCUUUAUUCAGGGGAGUUUAUCAGCGCCUACACGCUCAAAACUCAGCAAUCCAGACUCAACAAGAGAGCAGAGAAGAAGAAAAAGCGAAUCGCAGGCUCCUCAUGCUCACAAACGCAGCAUCCCAACUGUUUCUUCUCUCCUGUGGACAUUAUUAAAACCCCGCAGCUCCGACAGGAUGGACUUCUUGGACAUGCGCUCACCUUAUGACUACACGUUUAAUUUCUGGAACGACUACCUCGGGUUGUCUACUCUUGUCGCCAAAAACAAGAUCAACAGCCCGAUCUGCAACCCGAACUCCAUCACCGAGUCUCUGAAAGCGACUCUGGGUUUGGAGGACGACUCCCCGGUUUGCUCCUGCCUGGUCGGCCAGGCCAGAGACGCGGACGGAGCCCUGGACAGCUGCUGCUGCUGCGGGGCGCCCGCGGGCUCCCCGCCGAUCUCCAUCUACGACCUGAAAGAGCGCAUCUCUCUCCUCAGACCGUACGAGCAGCUGGGGGGCGGCGAGUCCCCCUCACACGGUGGGAGCUUCGCCGCCUUCGACCUGUUCUCCGCCGAGCGACGGCGCAAGCAGACUCAGAGGGGGAAGCCGGAGCCGAAGGUGUGCGUCUUCUGCCGGAAUAACGGCGCCCCGGAGGAGGUCUACGGCACCCACAUCCUGAAAACGGCGGACGGGCGGGUCCUGUGCCCGAUACUCCGGGCGUACACCUGCCCUCUCUGCAGCGCCAACGGCGACAACGCGCACACCAUCAAGUACUGCCCGCUUUCCAAGGACCAGGCUGGCCAGAGGGUCCCCAAGGGGGCCAGGGCGUUCGGCAAAAGACUGAAGAUAUUUUAAGCAAGAGCAGGAAACAAACAAAAAACUAAAAAAAAAAAAAAAAAGAAGAAGAAGAAGCUGAAGUUGCACUGGAGUUAACAGAGAACGACUUGAAGAGAAUAUCUUUUCUAUGUUUGCUCUGAAAUGCUUUGGUCUAUAUAUCGUAACUGUAUGAGCACAUAGUUUACACCCGGACGCAUUGUGCGUCUUAGUCACCCCCCCUCCCCAGCACUCUAAAGAUAAGAACCAAAGUACUGUCCAGCCCGACCUGUGAAUGACCACUUCCAUGCUGCCAUGCGAAGUGGAAACUGACGGCCCUGUGCGUCCAGCUCACACGGAAGUGAAUAUGCAGCUCUCUCUGUUGUAGGUGAACGUCUGUCGCCCACCGGUCUGUGGACGCAGGGAGUCUGAUGCAAACACGUCCUUACAUUCAGCACAUAUUUUCCUGAGAUAAACUCACUUUUUUUUCUACCAAAGGAAUACACUUUUAUAUCGAAACUUAUACCGCGAAGUGAUUCUUUUUCUGGACUGUUUAUAUUGUUGGAUGUCUUAUAUUCUAUGUGGGUUGCAGUGAUUACAAAUUUAAGCUAAUUGUACAAAAGAGGGGGGGGGGGAAAUUAACAUGACAUGCAAUUUUUUGUGCCCAAACUAGUUCCCCUUUACGUCCAAGAAAAAUGAAAGAAUUUUUUUUUUUUUUUUUUUUUUUUAAUGUGGGUGAUAAAAAUGUGGAUUCUUGUAAAUGUAUAAAUAAUUUUAGAGAUGAAAAGCUUGACAUUCCAAAGUCUUUAAGUGUCAAUAGAAACGUUUUAUGUACUUAUUUUUACCUGAUGUGUGACUGGGGAAUAUAUUCACUGUUAAAAACCUCUGAAUAAACAUGUGAUUUGCAGAUAAGUUUGACUACAUGA